UACUUUAGAUGCCAAUGAAUAUUAUUUUAUACUGGUUAAUAUUUUAAAAAGUAUUAAAGAUGUUUUCUUAAUUGUUUUAGAUUUUUCUUAUUGAUCUUAUAUUUUAAUAAACCUUUUCAAGUUUCUUGGUUCAAUGAACAUGAUGGACUAUUCUCUCUGCCUGGGUAUUCACGAUUGCGAGAGAGCCGAACAGGAAGCACUCGAGAGAGAGAAGGAAGCGAUGGAAGCCGACGGAAGCGGUGAAGAUGCUCCCGGUCCCACAGACGAGGACGAAGAUUCUGCGGGAAGUGGACUGGGUGCGGCAGCCGGUCCGACACCUCCAGAUUCACCGCAGGCUACUUCUCGUAAUGAGGGUUUACCAAAUGGAGUACUGAAUCCUCUUAGAGACAUCUAUGGUCUUCAUUCCACAGAAGGUGCACCCCGUCGUGAAGUGUACUUCAUGGCAUUAGUCGACGUACUCACACACUACGGAAUGAGGAAACGGACCGCACAGGCAGCAAAAACUGUGAAACAUGGACCUAGUGCCGAAAUUUCCACUGUACAUCCGGAGCAAUAUGGAAAACGGCUAAUAGAUUUUGUUUCCAAAUCCAUGGUAUAAAAACAGGAUGUUGUUUGUUUUCAAAGUUAAUUUGUGUGACAGCAGUUUAAACAUGUGGAAUCUUAGUCAUUCAGUCCUAUUACACAUAAACACUCAAAAAAAAACAAAAAAAUAGCUGGCUGAAUGAAUUAUAUUGGCACUAAUUAUAUCUAUUCAGUAAUGAGACACUAGUGAUUUCUAGUGCAAAGUUAGAUCUCAACUUGUUACAUUCAAGAUAUUUGACACUCUCUGAUUUUACUUAUUUCUAUUUUUCAAGUAAUUUAACAAAGAUUAAAAUAGGAAGAAAAGCAUAUUUUUUUUAUUUUAAUGCCAUGUCCUAAAAUUAGAACGAAAUUUAGCAAUAUUUUAGAUAAUUUGAGAGUUUUAUUGUUAGAUAUCGGUGGAUUUUUUGAAGUUAAAACAUUUACCCUUCAUCUCAGAUUGCCUUUUUUCAGUAGUGAUCUCACAAGUUAAACAAAAAAAAAAAUGUUUUCAAAUUUUCUGGUAAGAAUAAUUUCUGAAUAGAUAUUAAACUCUAAUAUAAAAUGACAUUUUUAAUAAUUGCUCAUUCAUAAGUUAGUUUAAAAGAAAGUUUCUCUCAUAUGUCACAAGAUACCAUUUUUAUUUUUGCCAAACAGAAGAAUAUUAUAGCUCGAUAGUGGUUGUAAUAUUAAAUUCUAUGUACUAUAUUGUAUUUAUUUCAUAGUAAUUCCUCGGAUUUUAAUUCGGAUGCCUUACUUAACAACUACCAUUGAGUUAAGCCUUCUCUUGCUGUACCCGUUAUAUUAAAAAAAAAUGCUCUAAAUAGAUGCUUUUAAUUGUUUCUGUAAAAAAAAUUAGACAAGAACGUCUUCAAAAUCAAAACAUUCUUACAAUAAUUGAUACGCUACAACUCAUAGCAUAACGACAAUUACAUUACCUCAUACUUAAAACAGAAAAAAAUUACACCACAAUUUUAGAAAACUGGAUAGUUUUAAAAACCAGAAUAAUGUGCAAUUCAGCAUGUUUUAAUGCUAUUAGUUUUGUACCAUAUAAAUUUAAGGAAAAGAAAAAAAAUAUACAAUGCUUUACGAAUUACCAUGCAUGGGUUUUGCAAUAUUUACCAUAGAGAUUUAUCAGUCAUAGCACUUCCUAUAUAGCAAAACAAUUACGAAUACUCUUCUGGUUCUUUUGUAAUGAUAAUUUAUAAUCAAAUUUCAAUUUAUCAAUUUAAAUUGUUCAUCAUUGUUGUGAAGAAACUUUGUAAUUAAUUUGUAUCAAUGUUUAUAUAUGUAUUCAUUACUUUUCUUUUGUUUGAUAAAUAUUUUCCGCAACGGUCGCUCUUACGCAGUCGAAACGAGAUCACACAUCCGAGUGCCAAAAAGGGCACAAGAGUAAAAAAUAUGGGAAGUAAAUGACUGCAAGAAGUAUUUAUCAGACUCUGUAUUGCUUUAUAAUAAAUGUAAAUAUUGUAGUUGGUCAAGUAAUGUAAUAAGAUGUUUAAUUUUUAAUUAUCACAUUGUGAUUAAAGUACUGUGCUCACA